AUGAAUGCGGCUUCUUUUUCCAACAAAUUGGUAUUGCUCUAUGAACGAUUCCCUCGAAUAAAUCGUGAUACCUUACGCCAAGCUCUAGAACAUCAUGACGGACAUAUUCCCAAAACAAUCCUUUAUAUCAGCAAUAAUAGACACGUUGACUUACCUACAUCAUCAUCAUCACAACAACCAUUACAACAGCAACGAAGACGACGACGACGUGUUAUAGACUCUUCUGAUGAUUCUGAUGAUUCUGAUAAUGAACAGCAAAAUCGACUUGGUGCAAUGAUGCGGCUCAAGAAACUACGGGAUGCGGCACAAACGGUGGCUUUUUAUAACACAGCAUCUCCUCAGGAAAUCAUGGAUGUGGCUGGAUGCAAACUAUCAGCGGCUCAAAAAUUGGAAACAUUACGACCUUUUGAAAACUUGGAAGAUCUGUCUGACAAAUUGCGACUUCAACAUGGACUUAGUGUCAAAUAUAUAGAUGCUUAUCUGGAACUGAUGGAUGGCUAUUCUGCAGUGGAUCAAAUCAUUCAAAAUAUCGAAGAUGUUGGUACAAAGUUACAAUCUAUUUUAGAUGUAUGGCACAGCAUGGAUACCACUACUACUACUACUACUACUACUACUACAACGGCAACAAAUAAUGAAGAUAAUGAUGAUGAUGAUGAUGCAAUGGAUGGUUUUCUUACAACACAACCAGCCAUUGUCAACCCUGAAUUUACUCUCAAAUCUUAUCAAAUCAUUGGAUUGAACUGGAUGUUACUAUUAUAUCGCAAGGGAAUCUCUGGAAUAUUAGCGGACGAAAUGGGACUUGGGAAAACAGCACAAGUGAUCAGUUUCUUGGGACGACUCUAUGAACUUGGUGAAACUGGUCCUCAUUUGGUGGUGGUACCUUCUUCUACAUUGGAUAAUUGGCUUCGUGAAUUUGAAAGGUUCUGUCCUACGCUUCAAGUACGAUGCUACUAUGGAUCACAAAACGAACGAGCGGAACUACAAUUAGAUUUGAUGGACGAACGGGACGACAUUCAUGCCAUAGUGACAACAUAUACAAUUGCAGCAGGACGACCAGAAGAUCGUAGUUUUUUACGCAAAUUGAAAUGCAAAUCAAUGAUUCUGGAUGAAGGCCAUAUGAUCAAGAAUUAUACAAGCGCAAGAUACAGUCAUUUAAUGCAAUUGAAGAUCCCUUUUCGACUUUUACUUACUGGUACGCCUUUACAAAAUAAUCUCCAAGAACUGGUAUCACUACUGAUCUUCAUCAUGCCAGAGGUGUUUUCUGGGAACGAGGAUGAUGUACGCAAAAUCUUCAAAAUCCGAUCUUAUUCUGAUUCCAACAGCAACAACAAUAAUAACAAGAACAACAAGAACAAAAACAAUAGUACAGAUACUGGAUCUACUACUGCUGCUGCCAAUGCUGCUCAGAUGCUUUCACGACAACGAAUUCAGCGCGCCAAAAAGAUGAUGACUCCAUUUGUGCUUCGACGACGCAAGAUACAAGUACUCACACAUUUACCCAAAAAGAUUCAUCAAAUCAACUAUUGCCCAAUGACACCAAACCAACAAGCCAUAUAUACAAGGAUCGUGACAGAAUCACAGGAAAGAUACAAGGACGAGAUCAUGGAGGAUAUGGAUGAUACCAACAACAAUGUACAAAAGAAAAAGACACAACCUAUGGAAAAAUUCAGUAACAUUGUGAUGCAUUUACGAAAAGCUGCCGACCAUCCUCUUUUAUUUCGCCACAUUUAUACCGAUGACAAGAUCAAGAAGAUGGCUAAGAGUAUCACGAAGGAAGAACAAUAUUGGGAUGCUAACGAACAAUAUAUUUAUGAAGAUAUGCAAGUGAUGACAGAUUUUGAAUUGAAUCAACUUUGUAAGGAUCACAAGUCCAUUCGACAUUACAUGUUGGACAAGGAAGAAUGGAUGGAUGCAGGCAAAGUACGACAAUUAUGUGAUCUGUUACCAGAAAUGAAACAAAAAGGCAACAAGGUACUUUUAUUCAGUCAAUUCACUAGCAUGUUGGAUAUCUUGGAACCAGUGAUGACUACCUUAGGUCUUUCUUAUUUACGCUUGGAUGGAACUACCAAAGUGGGUGAACGUCAAAUUCUCAUUGAUCAAUUUAAUCAAGAUGCUUCUUUGGAUGUUUUUCUCCUUAGUACUAAGGCUGGUGGAUUUGGUAUCAAUUUGACCUCAGCAAACGUGGUUGUGAUGUAUGAUAUGGAUUUCAAUCCUCAAAAUGAUCGACAAGCAGAAGAUAGAGCACAUCGUGUGGGGCAAACAAAGGAUGUUACAGUGCACAAGCUUGUUUCCGAACAUACCAUUGAACAACACAUCUUAGCCAUGGCGGAUAUUCGAUUACGAUUGGAUAGAUCCAUCUCUGGAAUGGAUGGUGAACAAGACAAGCAAGAUCAAGAUGAUGCCGGGAUAGAUUCAGUCAAAAUGAAAUUACUUCUCAAAUCAGCAUUGUCUUCAACAUAGUUCUUCCUUCCUUUUAUUAGCAUAGUUUUUAUUAUUAUUAUUAUCAUUAUUCCUUUAUGGACAUUAUCAUUAGUUUCAUACAUUAUAUAUAGUAUACAUCAUUCAUCAUUUC